AUGCCGUUUUUGGAAAGGCACCGUUCUUCGUACAAAAUGGGCGCCCUGGCGCAGUACGCCAUACUGGAAACUGCCGCCAGUGCACGCAAGCCCUCCUCCCUCACCUUCGAAACUGCUGCUGCUCUCCCCGUCGUCGGUCUCACCGCCCUGCAAGCCGUGAGGGACUGUGCUGGCCUGCCGCUCCCUGUCCCUGCAGCUAAACUGAGUGCGGAGCAGAAAGGCAGCAACAGCACAAUCUCGAGUAGCAGGAGCAUGAGCAAUGGCAGCAAUGAGUGCAGCAGUGGGAGCAGGGCGCGGGUGCUGGUGGCGAAUGCAUCGGGGGGAGUGGGGCAUCUGGCAGUGCAGCUGGCCAAGGCAGCAGGGGCACACGUGACUGCCACUGUCGGCGCUCGCAACCUCGCCUUUGCACGGAACGUGCUUGGAGCAGACGAGGUUUUUGACUACAACUCCACUGCAGGGAAACAGCUCUUCCAUUCGCCUUCCCCAUCCCCUGCGCCUGGUACCAGCUUCACUGCUCCUGCUGCUGCUGCUGCUGCUGCACAGGUUGCUUCAUCCUCUGACCCGCCUAUCACCGAGCUGUACGAUGCGGUGAUUGAUUUUUCUCCCAACAGUCUGCCUGUCUCUGCGGUGGACAGGGUUCUCCGUCCCCAAGGGAGGUGGGUGCAUGUGGAGCUUCCGCUCUCUCUGCUCGCUCUGGGACUGUGGCGCCGCCUUGCUUGUCGCCCCAGGAAGCUGUGGCCUGUGAUGAUGGAGAUGAUGGAGAGCAAGGGGGCUGAUCUGGCGGUGCUGGGGAGGAUUGCGGAGGAGGGCAAGGUGAGGAUGGUGGUGGAGAGUAGUGUGGCGUUUGAAGAGGCGAGAGAGGCGUGGAGGAGGAGCAUGGCAGGGCAUGUGACUGGGAAGUUGGUGGUUAGGAUGGAAUGA